CGAAGAAGUUUGUUGUCACUAGAAACAACAGGUUUUAUAACAGAUUUAACAUAAUAUCACUAAGCUAGAUAACUUGAUUUUAAAGUUUUGUUGUAAUUUUAUAUUGCUUUGCAUGUAAACAAGUAUAGAAUGGAUCAAUAUGUGUAAUGGUGAAGCACACGUCUGCCACUAAGCCUCGUUGCCAUGGAGAAGUACGAGAACCAGGGCCUUGUGGGGGAGGGCAGCUAUGGGAUGGUGCUCAAGUGUCGCCACAAGGAGACGGGCCAACUCGUCGCCAUCAAGAAGUUCCUCGAGAGUGAGGAUGACAAGAUGGUGAAGAAGAUCGCCCUGCGCGAAGUGCGCAUGCUUAAACAACUGCGUCACGACAAUCUUGUUAACUUGCUGGAAGUGUUUAGACGUAAGAAGCGCCUUUAUCUGGUGUUCGAGUUUGUUGAUCACACAGUUCUUGAUGAGCUUGAAAAAUGUCCCAACGGUCUUGACGAAACAACAUGUCGGAAGAUUCUUUGGCAAGUCCUGAAAGGCAUCGAGUUCUGCCAUUUGAAUAAUAUAAUCCAUCGAGAUAUAAAGCCCGAGAACAUACUCGUGAGCAAAAACGGAGUGGUAAAGUUGUGUGAUUUCGGAUUCGCGCGCACUCUGGCUCAGCCUGGCGAGAUUUACACAGACUACGUCGCCACCCGCUGGUACCGAGCCCCAGAACUUCUGGUUGGUGACACAAAAUAUGGAAAGGCGGUGGAUAUCUGGGCAGUGGGAUGUCUGCUGGUGGAGAUGCUGACUGGGGAGCCACUGUUUCCAGGGGACUCAGAUAUCGACCAGCUCUAUCAGAUCGUAAAAGUCUUUGGCAAUUUAACAGCUCGACACAAGGAAGUGUUUUUGAGAAACCCACUCUUUGUUGGCAUGAGAUUACCCGAAGUCCGUGAAACAACCCCUCUGGAGAAAAAGUUUCCUCGAAUAUCGCCAUAUUCACUAGCACUGAUAAAGGUGUGUUUGAGACUAGAUCCAGAUGACAGACCCAUCUGCUCCGAACUACUUAAGCACGAAUUUUUCGUAAGAGAUGGCUUUGCUCAGAAAUUCACCCACGAUUUGAAAGCGAAGCUAGUGAAAGAGCAGGAAAAAAAUGCGAUGCUGCAAUCGAUAGUUAACGAUAAAGAGGAGGAAGGAGGGGAAACAGCUAAUAAUAAGCCUGCAGUGAAGAAGAAAAAGAAACAGCCGUUAAUGAAGAAAGUGGACGAUCUAAAUAAAGCAUCUCCAUCAAAGGUAGACAGCAAUAAAGAAACAAAAAAUAGCUCAGAAGAGAAGACCAAACGGAAACUUCCAGAUCCCCCAGACAAGAGUGUCAGCAAGAAAUCCCCACCCACAACAACGAUCGACAGUCCUAAUACUCCCAUGGCAGAGACAGUAAAACAGUCAAGUGUCAAUCCCACAAAUGGUGAAGCCUCACCGGCCGAAAGGGGCGCUAAAUCUCAGGAAGUUACGGAGAAAUCAGAAAAAACAGAAAAGUCAGUUCAGAAACUGCACAGGUCAGACUCGAAGCUUGAAAAGAGUGAGAAAAUGGAUCUUGAUAGAACGUCUGGUGAGAAACUGGAAAGAGAACUAGCUAAAAUAGAAAGGGAUAAAACUCGGUUGGAGAAAAUCGAGAAAGAUUCAGAUGUUCGUAAUGAAAUUAAAUUAGAAAGUAGUUUAGAUAGAAGCAAAGGUGCUGAGUCAAAAACUGAGAUAAAUAAGGAGAAGGGAGAUGUAAAACUAGAUAAAUUAGAUAGGGAAAAACGUGAAAAGUCGGAUAAAAGUGAUGAAGGGAGGGAAAUGAAGGAUCGGGAAAAGGAGAAUAUGUUUUCAUACAAAGACUCAACAACGAUACCGCCAAUCAAUCCAUCUGGUCAUAGUAUGCACAACAGCAACAACUUAACACCAAGUAUUCCAUCGUUAAGCAGCCCUCUCAACCAGGCCUCCACAAAUAGCCCUCAUUUAUUUGCACCCCCUGUAAGCAAUCUGACCACUCAGACGCCCCGCGGGACUGUUGUCCCGUAUACGGGUGCAAUGCCCCUGAGUCAAAAAGAGCCCCCUCGAGGUCAAGCGUGGGUCAACGACAAAAUGGUGAAGAAGCAGUCAAACUACAAGAAGGCUGCACCCAACCAUCACAGUGUGGUGAUUAGCCCCCAGCCCCUGCAGUCUGAGAAGAGUCACCUCCACGAUAAAUCCCUCGAGAAGUUACGCACACAGAAAAGGGAGACAACUAUGUUUGAUACGCGACGGGACAAGGAAGUGAUCAGCUUUCCAGAGGUCAGGGGUGCUGAAGCAUCCAUGGCAAAAACCAAGAGCAAGACGCAGACCGUGUCAAGGUCAAACGUGGCCACCAUACCCCAUAUAACAAACAUUGACCCCUUCCCCAGUAGUAGCCAGUCCCGAACUUUACCCACACUACACAAAUCUCGUGGUUUUCUUACAGUAAGUAUUACCGUAUUCGUACGUAUGUCUGUAAGUAUGGCACGUUGUCGUAUUGUGCGGUCAUGGCGCAUCGUGUCGGUAUCUGUUAGUGUAUCUGCUCUCUUACUGUUUCUGUAUGAAAGCUACUUUUUCAUUAUAAAGAUCAUGUCUGUUUUAGCUCAGAACAUUGAUCUAAAUUACAAAUUGAAAGGUUUUGUUGUGUAAUUUCUGGAAAAUCCUACAUAUUCAAAAAUAGCUAUGCAAUUUUCUGCAGAAUCAUUUAUAUUUGUCGUCAUUACAUUUUUAGCUCACCUGAGCACAACGUGCCCAUAGUGAGCUUUUGUGUUGCCUUUUGUGGGUCGUAAGUCUUGAUCCGUCAACACUUGCCUUGUUAACUCUCUAGAGGCCACAUUUAUUGUCCAAUCUUCUUGAAAUUUGGUCAGAAAAUUGUUCUCAAUGAUAUCUUGGAUUAGUUCGAAAAACUGGUUAUGUUUGCUUGGAAAACAUGGCUGCCAAGGGGCGAGGAAUUUUUCCUUAUAUAGCUAUAUAUGGCUAUAGUAAAAUCUUCUUAACACUCUAGAGGCCACAUUUAUUGUCUGAUCUUAAUGAAACUUGGUCAGAAGAUUCAUCCCAAUAAUAUCUUGGACAAGUUCGAAAAUGAUGCCGGUUGGUUGAAAAACAUGGCUGCCAGGGGGUGGGGCAUUUUUCCUUAUAUGGCUAUAGUAAAACCUUGUUAACACUGUAGAGACCACAUGUAUUUUCUGAUCUUCAUGAAACUUGCUCAGAGGAUUUGUCCCAAUGAUAUCUUGGAUGAGUUCAAAAAUGGUAACCUUUGCUUGAAAAACAUGGCU